UGCAGGACUGAAGUUUUCUUUUGAAGAAAAUGAGGGCCAUCUUCUGCGGGAAUUUUGAGUAUGAUGCUAGACAGUCUGAACUGGAAAGGCUUUUCCGGAAGUAUGGAAAGGUUGAUAGGGUGGAUAUGAAGUCUGGAUUACCACGGAAAAGGGAUUUCCUUCCCGGCUAAUGGAUGGGCUCUUCAGAAUCCUAUUUCCUGCCUGCAACGGGCUUCCCCUUCUUGUUACUGAGAAGGGUCGCUCUGCUCCGCAAAUGGCACUACCAUCCCUCACUUUCCUCAGAUUUCCACAGAUACUAGUGCCCUUCACACGAAAUCACCUUCUUCCAGCCUCCAAUUACAGACAUGUUUCAGGGUCAAACAUUGUUGACCUCGCAGGCAGAGUCAGCAGGAUAGAUCAAGAAGGCACAUUUUUACAUUGACCUCCCAUGAGACAUCCAAUUAUGCGUUCUUGUUCCUUGACAUCACUUAGUCCAUCAGACAAGGUUUUGCUUUCAUCUAUAUGGAGGAUGAGAGAGAUGCAGAGGAUGCAAUUCGAGCACUCGACCGGAUAGAGUUUGGUCGUAAGGGUCGCAGACUUCGAGUUGAGUGGACCAAGCAAGAGCGAGGUGGCAGUCGAAAGUCCGGAAGUUCAAGAAGAUCUUCAUCCAGCUUGAGGCCUACCAAGACAUUGUUUGUAAUCAACUUUGAUCCUCACCAGACCAGGACAAGGGAUCUGGAGAGGCACUUUGAACCAUAUGGGAAGAUAGUCAGCGUAAGGAUUCGAAGGAAUUUUGCUUUUGUCCAGUAUGAGUAUCUAGAAGAUGCUACAAAAGCUUUGGAUGCUACAAAUAUGAGCAAGUUGAUGGACCGAGUUAUAUCAGUGGAAUAUGCUGUCCGAGAUGAUGAUGAGAGGAGAGAUGGAUAUGGCUCAGACAGAGACCGUCACAGGUCCCCUGAGAGGAGAAGGCGUUCUCCCAGUCCCUUUAGUAGAGAGAGGGGUAGCCCUGACUAUGGUCGUGGAGUUGCUAGCCCUUACCAGAGAGAGAGGGGUAGUCCUGACUAUGGCCGUGGUGGGAGCCCAGUGGCCCAUCGGAGGGAGAGAACCAGCCCUGACUAUGGCCAUAGGCCCAGCCUAAGCCCUCGUCGGAGGGAGAGAUCCCGAUCCAAUGGUGACCAUGGUAGGAGCCGCAGCAGGAGUCGAAGCCGGAGCCCUUAUGGGGACAGGAGGGUCAGCCCUGAGAAUGGCCGUGCAUCUAGCCGUAGCCCAUAUAAAAGGGGGAGAGACUCACGUGAGCGCAACCGCAGCCCAUACAAGAAGGAGAGGAACUCCCGUGAUCGCAGCCGCAGUCCAUAUGAGAGGAAGAGUGAGAAAGUCCGCUCUGACAAUGGCCGUGUGAGCCCUCGGAGCCCUGAGGAAGGAGAGAAGCUCAGCCCCGAAAAUGGUCAUGAGGACCUCCCGAAAUCGUCUGCUGAGCCACAUGACAGUCCCCUCGACUAUGGACGUGCUGAGAGCCCUGUGGAGGGCCGAGACCGCAGUGGUUCGCCCCAGCAGGACUAAUGUCGAUGCUUGGAGUGGUUAGCUUGGACCAAUCUCUUCUUUCAGCUCCCUUAUGAACUGAUUCAGCAUUAUUUGCAGUUGGACUCCCUCCUCCCUGUGAUGCCUGUUAGUGAAUGGAAUUGUGCAUCCCUGCUGUAGGUUGCAGUGGUCGUGACAGAUGCUUUUGUUUCUUACUUGUAUUUCUUCCCGAGAUGAUUGUUCGCACUGUCUCUUUGAAGUCGUCAACUCUUUAUAAGUUUCUUUUUUUUUGUAAGUUGUCUUAGGAUAAGUCAUGGUGAUGUUACUCUGGGAAGUUUAUCAUUGUUCUGUCUGUUGCCACAACACAUUUGAGUUUGCACGAGCUUUGCUUUCACUUGGAGCUUC